AUGUUGUUUCCGCCAGCUCACACUUUUAACCGCGACGCUAUUCGACGAUAUAUCUAUCUAUCUAUCUAUCUAUCUAUCUAUCUCUGCCAGGUUUUCAAUAGUAAUAUCAUCUCCGUCGACGAAUCUCAAUCUAAUAAGCGUUCCACAUUUUUGCACCUUUCUAAUAAACAAGAUCAACCAAUCUCGUACCAAAUGACUAUCUUUCACCAACCCAACGCGCUCUCUCUCUCUCUCUCUCUCUCUCUCUCUCUCAUUCCAUUCUUAGUUCCUUUCUCUCUUCGUCUGACUGCCCCUUCUCUCUCUCUCCCCUUCUCUCUCUCUCCCCCCUUCUCUCUCUCUCUCUCCCUCUCUCUCGCACGUGCAAUGUGUGUAUUUCGUCUUUUUUCUCUCGUCCCAAGUAAGCUUCUUUCUCCCAUUUCACUAUCUCUCUCUCUCUCUCUCUCUCUCUCUCUCUCUCUCUUGUUCUCUAUUCCUCUCUCUAUGACUGUAUGUGCGUUUUCAUCCUUACCCUUUAAAUCGUUUUUUCUCUUUUGCCAAUCUAGCUUCUCUUUCAUCCCCAAGCCGCUCUCUUUCUUUCACUCUUUCUCUCUCUUUCUUUCACUGUGUGUGUUUCGUCAUUUUUUUCUUAAUCAUUCUACUCUCGUCCAAAGUAAGCGUAUCUCUCUCACUUUCACUCUCUCUGUCUCUGUCUUUCUCUCUCUCCCUGUCACUCUCUCUCAGUCAUUCUCAUUCGUUCUCUCACUCACCCCUCCUCUCUCUCUCAUAACGAAUCCACUCUUUUUGCGCAUUGCUAAUAAACUCUGGUGGCUCAUAUACCCAAAUUUAUAA